AUGGCACGCCAGGCCGACGUCGCCGCCUCUUCCUCCGGCGCCGCCGCGGGAGCUCCCGUCGACCCCCGCGAACGCAUCAUGACGCACAUGAAUCGCGACCACAAGCGCGAACUCUCCUUCUACCUCCGGCACUACGCCGGUCUCGGCCGCGGCCCGGCCUCCGCGCCGUGGCUGAAGGACGUCACCUUCGAGGGCAUGACCAUCGCCGCCGGCGGGCUCGGCGGCAAGGAGUUCUUCGUGGCCUUCGAGCCGCCCCUGAAGUCGUGGGAAGACGUGCGCCCGGCCGUCGUCGACAUGGCCCGCGUCUCCCGCGAGGCGCUGGGGUACAGCGACAUCACCGUCUCGCACUUCGAGGCCGCCUCGGGCCUCGCGCUGGUCGUCUUCAUCUCGGUCGCCUUCUACUUUGUCUGCUGGCUCACGCUGGGUUUCGUCCUGCCCGGCACGCCCAUCUGGGGAUUCUUGCAGACGGUGUUCCCCGGCGGGCCGCUGUUCUACCGCUGGCUUGUCAAGACCAUCUUCCUUCCGGUCCUGGGCAUUCAUCUCGGCGAGUGCUAUUGGUUCCACAAGACCAGGCUGUUGAAGCACGGCAUCGAGGCUGGUACGGGUCUGUGGUGGACGUGGAUCAGCAGCUUGUUCUUUGAGGGAUACCCUGGAUUCCAGAGAUUCGAUGCCAUUGUUGCAGGCAAGAGGAAGGAGCAGGAGGCAUCUGCGAAGAGCCAUUAG